AUGUCGCGAAGCAGCUUUGUCUUCACACCCAUGGCCUUACGCUCCCUUGAACUUGAUGAGGACAUGCUAGAGAGAUACAAGUACAAGAGGCAGCUGGCCUCCCGUCACCUCAACAGCUAUAUGCUGAAGAAGGAGACCAAAGACAGGGCGCUGCUGGGCUCUAGCACUGCCCUGCUGCCAGCUGUGUGCCAAGAUGUGGUCGUCCACAAUGCUCUGUAUACAGGAAACCUGGAGGCUAUGCAGCACCUCUUUCCUAGAGGAUCCACAGCAAACCUCAUCAUUGAGCCACAGGGAGGGGACAUGCGCUGGGUCGCCACAGGGCAAGGACUAUGGUCACUGACUUACGAGCAGGAACUGACCACACCGCUUCACAUCACAGCUGGCCGAGGAUUCAAGGACUGCCUGAGACUCCUGCUGCAACGCGGGGCCAGUGUAGAGCUAGCACCUGGUGGCACCACCGCUCUGCAUGAGUCCUGUGAAAACUGCCAGUCAGAGUGUACAAAACUGCUGCUGAUGCACGGUGCCAACGCCAAUGCUGUCUCAGAAGAUGGCCUCAUGCCAUUGCAUUUUUGUACAAGUCCAGAGUCCCUCGAAUGCGCCAAGUAUCUCCUUCAGUACGGUGCAUCAGUCAGUGGUCGCACUCAAAAUGAAGAUGACACUCCCUUACAUGUGGCAGCCAGCAACGGCCUCCCAGACCACACUGAGCUUUACCUGCGGUACGGAGCUGUCGUGGACAAACAGAAUGAUGAGGGUUUUACGCCGCUCAACACUGCUUGCUCUCAGCCCCAGGAGGUGCAGGACCUCCAGCGUUACUUCAAGGUGUGUCAGAUGCUGCUGGGGGCAGGGGCCGAUGUUCAUACUAUGGACCAGGACAAGCGCACUCCUUUGCAUAUGGCCUGUAAGAAUGCAAAUCCAGACAUAGUGGAUCUGCUGCUGGCUCACGGGGCCAGUGUUAAUAACAUGGAUUAUGGUGGUGAAGCUCCCCUGCACAACAUCCUGAAGGUUGUGUGCUACAAGGUUUCCCAUCACCCCGAGAGGAUUGUUCGUGCUCUACUCAAUCAUGGCUCCAUUCGAGUGUGGCCUGGAGCUCUGCCCAAGGUUUUGAAGCACUGCUCUGAAUCUCCACGCACCAUAGAGGUUCUUCUGAACGCCUACAGUUACCUCAAAGUCACAGACACCUGGGUUGAGUCUGUUUCUACAGAGUUGUUUAAGGAGCACAAAGAGUUCUUCGAGUCAAUCUUCUCCUUAGCACUGACUCCUCGCUCCCUGCAGCACUUGGCACGAUGCAGACUCAGGAACUUCCUUGGGGGGCGAGUACACAAGGUGGUCCCUAAACUUGAUCUGCCCACCUUCAUCAAGAACUACCUGCUCUUGGAGUACAGAGGCUAUAUCCAUUAA